AAAGAGAGAGAGAGAGAGAGUAGCCUCCAAAUUAAAGUGUGUGUAUGUGUUUUCCUAAUUUCUAUUACCAAAUUUUACAAAUGGCUACUCACAAUAUCUCCUUUGGUUCAGCUUUUGUUUGCAAUGCUCAUCAUCAAAACAAUCAGGGUUUUCCUUGCAAGGCCGUCUCCAAAGUGGUGUCUGCUCAGGCUGUCCCUAUACGCCGCCGCUCCGCAAACUACCGUCCGCCUCUAUGGGAUCAUCAAUUUCUCAUCUCGCUCGAGAAUAUAUAUGCGAAAGAAUCUGUGGAGAAAGCUAAAAUGUUGAAGGAAGAGGUGAGGAAGACACUAGUUGAGACUGAAGGUUCUCUUGAGCAGCUAGAAAUGAUCGAUUCUUUGCAGAGACUCGGAAUCCCGUAUCAUUAUAAACACGAAAUCCAUAAUAUUUUGAAAAAUAUUCACGACCAACGUGGCGGGAUUGAAAUGGAAUCACAAGAUCUUCAUGCGACAGCUCUUGAAUUUUUUAUCCUAAGGCAACAUGGUUUUGAUGCCUCGCAAGAUGCUUUUGACGUUUUCAAAAGUGAAACCGGAGAAUUCAAAAAAACUUUACGCAACAAUAUCAGGGGUUUACUCUCUCUGUACGAAGCUUCUUAUUAUUCAAUGGAUUCAGAGUUGAAACUCAAGGAGGCUAGAACUUAUGCAUAUGAGCGUUUGAGCGAGUUUGUCGCGGAAAAUAGCAAAACUAUUUGCGGUAAAGAUGAAGCUUAUAUGUUAGAGAUGGUGAAACGAGCACUAGAAAAGCCGUAUCAUUGGAGCAUAAGGAGACUGGAAGCAAGAUGGUACAUAGAUGUGUACGGGAACAAACAUGACAUGGAUCCUCUAUUGCUAGAGUUGGCAACACUUGAUUUCAACAUUGUACAAGCUAAUCAUCAAGAAGAACUGAAACUCAUUUCUAGCUGGUGGAACAGCACAGGACUUAUGAAACAACUUGAUUUCGUGAGAGACCGAAUCACGGAGAGUUAUUUUUGGACGAUUGGAAUAUUUUACGAGCCAGAGUUUAAAUACUACCGCAAGAUACUAACCAAAAUAUUCAUGUUAAUUGCGAUCAUGGAUGAUAUCUACGAUAUCUAUGGUACAUUAGAGGAGCUCGAGAUUUUCACAAAUGUGGUCGAAAAAUGGGAUGUGAACCAUGUCGAAAGACUUCCUGAAUACAUGCAAAUAUGUUUUCUUUUUCUAUACAAUGAGAUCAACCAAAUCGGUUACGAUGUUCUAAGAGACAAAGGACUUCCAAUCAUUCCUUACCUCAAACAAGUUUGGACGGAUCUAUUUAAAACGUUCCUGAUCGAAGCGAACUGGUACAAGACCGGACACAAACCAAGUUUCGAAGAAUAUAUGCAAAAUGGUUUGAUCUCGAGUUCUGUCCCGACGAUAUUGCUCCACCUUAUAUCCAUCCUCUCCGACCACAUUUCCGACCAAACCCUAACUGUUGUUUCCAAGAACCACCACUCUGUCGUCCGGAGCUCCGCCACCAUUCUUCGUCUCGCCAAUGAUCUCGCCACCUCAACGGAAGAGAUGGCAAGAGGAGAUUCACCAAAGUCAGUCCAAUGUUACAUGUGCGAGACAAGAGCCAGUGAAGAAGAGGCACGUGGACAGAUGCAAAGUAUGAUCAGCGACUCGUGGGACGUCAUUAACUCCGAUUUCAAAACGGCACACAGUUCUUCUCUUCCCCGUGGUUUCGUGGCGGCGGCCGCAAACCUUAACCGGGUGGUACAAUGUAUCUACCAACACGGGGAUGGGCACGGCUGCCCGGAAAAGGCCAAGACCGUUGAUCAUAUCCGCUCCGUACUCUUCAAUCCCGUUCCGUUAUAGGAUUGAAAAUUUGUAUUUGUCGUAUUAUAAAAUAUAUUUUUCAUCAGAAAACAUAGAUUGGUACGAGUUGACGCAUAUAAGAGAUGUUAUUAAACCAGCGCUAGUGCAGUUUAUUUAUAUAUAUAAAUAUGAAUUUAUUGGUAUGAUAAGAACGUACAUAAAAUUU